AGAUGGCACAAAGGCCGCGCCGCCCCCGGCGGCCCCCGCCCUCGCAGCGCGCUUGGUCCCGGCCCCGCCGGAUGUUGACGGCGUCACCUAGCAACGGGAGAUGGCGGAACCGGGCGGCGCGGCUGGCGGGUCUCAUCCGGAAGAUGGAUUGGCUUCUGAGGGAGAGAAGGAAGAGAAUAAUGAAAGCCACAUGGCGUCACCACCAGAGAAGGAUGAUGGCCAGAAAAGUGAAGAAGCUGUCAGUAGCACAGAGCAUCCUGAGGAAGUCACAACCCAAGCGGAAGCUGCAAUUGAAGAAGGGGAGGUCGAGACAGAAGGGGAAGCUGCCGUGGAAGGGGAAACCACAGUGGAAGAGGAGACUGUGUCCUGUGGCGAUGCUGAAAGCGAAGAGGAAUAUUACUAUUCAGAAGCUUCAUCCGCCGAAGGGCAGAUAGGUGCUACAGAUAUGACGUACCCAUAUUUCAGUCCUCAGGAACUGCCUGGAGAGGAGGCACACGAUAGUGCUAGUAGGGAAGCUGGUCUCGAAGGCUCCCACCGAGAGGCCACCGGUCCACCAGAAUCCAGAGAAGGGAGGGUCACCUCCCCAGAGCCAUCCCACAGAGUCUUAGGCCCGUUGGAGCAAAUGGGCCAGGUCACCUCUGGGCCAGCAGUAGGCAGAUUGACAGGAUCCACAGGGGAGCCCCAGGGGCAGGUGCUCCCGACAGGCGCAUGGCACCGCUUCCGGCUGAGCCACUGGAGCAGCAUCGAGUCCUCGGACCUGGAAGAGUUCGUCGCACAGGAGCCAGGUGCCGCCCACCCGCUGAGGUCAUCCUGCUGUGGCGGCAAUGAGCCACCUGCACAGGCCCUUCUGUGCAAGGGACACCACUCGUUUGUCAUCCGUUCGUUACCUGUUUCCUGUGUGUCUCUGUCUCUCCCACCAGUGAUCCCCCAACGGUGCACGAUGGCCCACCAGGAAGGAGAGCCAGUUCAGGACCAGACUCAGCAGCCACAGUCUGAGGAGAGGGCUGUGGCAGAGAGCGUGGAGUCCGAGGGGAGUGACGAGGAAGGAGAAGAUGAAGGGUCCCGACUGGUGGUUUUUUGGAACCAGCCACGGAGCGUUGUAUCUCGCCUGUUCACUGAACGUUUAUGGGCACUGAUUGACCUGCCUCGGACCACCUCCGAGAUCAUAAGGCCCCUGAUGGUGAGAUUCCAGGCUGCCCUGAAAAACUACCUGAACCGACAGAUCGAAAAGUUGAAGCUGGACCUCCAAGAGCUGGUUGUGGCUACCAAGCAGAGCCGAGCCCAGCGCCAGGAGCUGGGGGUGAAUCUCUAUGAGGUGCAGCAGCACCUGGUACACCUGCAGAAACUGCUGGAGAAGAGUCACGACCGCCACUCAGUCGCCUCGAGCGAGCGCAGGCAGAAGGAGGAGGAGCUGCAGGGCGCCCGCGCACUCUACACCAAGACCUGCACGGCUGCCAACGAGGAGCGCAAAAAGCUGGCAGCUCUGCAGACUGAGAUGGAGAACUUGGCCCUGCAUCUCUUCUACAUGCAGAACAUCGACCAGGAUAUGCGGGACGACAUCCGUGUGAUGAAGCAAGUGGUGAAGAAGGCCGAGACGGAGAGGAUCCGGGCAGAAAUCGAGAAGAAAAAGCAGGACCUGUAUGUGGACCAGCUCACCACCCGAGCCCAGCAGCUGGAAGAAGACAUUGCUCUGUUUGAGGCUCAGUACUUGGCCCAAGCUGAGGACACCCGGAUUUUAAGGAAAGCAGUGAGUGAGGCCUGCACAGAGAUCGAUGCCAUCAGCAUGGAGAAGAGGCGCAUCCUGCAGCAGUGGGCCACCAGCCUGGUGGGCAUGAAGCACCGUGACGAGGCGCACAGGGCAGUGCUGGAGGCACUCAGAGAAUGCCAGCAUCAAGCCAGGUCCAUCGACAGUGAGAUUGAGGCCUAUAAGAAAUCCAUCAUGAAGGAGGAAGAAAAGAACGAGAAGCUGGCGAGCAUCCUGAACCGGACAGAGACGGAAGUCAGACUGCUGCAGAAGCUCACCACCCAGUGCCUGACCAAGCAGGUGGCCCUGCAGAGCCAGUUCAACACGUACAGGCUCACCCUGCAGGACACAGAGGAUGCCCUCAGCCAGGACCAGCUGGAGCAAAUGAUACUCACAGAGGAGUUGCAGGCCAUCCGCCAAGCCAUCCAGGGCGAGCUGGAGCUCAGGAGGAAGACAGACGCUGCCAUCCGGGAGAAGCUGCAGGAGCACAUGACCUCCAACAAGACCACCAAAUACUUCAACCAGCUCAUCCUGAAGCUGCAGAAGGAGAAGACGAACAUGAUGACACAUCUUUCCAAAAUCGACGGCAACAUUGCCCAGACCACCCUGGACAUCACACGCACCAGCAGCAGGCUGGACGCACACCGGAAGACGCUGCUGGAGCUGGACCAGGACGUGAAGAAAGUCAACGAGCUCAUCACCAACAGCCAGAGCGAGAUCUCCCGGCGCACAAUCCUCAUCGAGAGGAAGCAAGGGCUCAUCAACUUCCUCAACAAGCAGCUGGAGCGGAUGGUCUCCGAGCUGGGGGGGGAAGAAGUGGGGCCCCUGGAGCUUGAAAUCAAAAGGCUGAGCAAGCUGAUCGAAGAGCACAAUGCCACAGCGGUCCAGGCCCAGGUGACCUGGCUGCGCCUGCAGCAGGAGAUGGUCAAGGUGACACAGGAGCAGGAGGCACAGCUGGCCUCCCUGGACGCAUCCAGGAAGGAGCUCCACAUCAUGGAGCAGAAGAAACUACGAGUAGAAAGCAAGAUUGAGCAGGAGAAGAAGGAGCAGAAGGAGAUCGAGCACCACAUGAAGGACCUGGACAACGACCUGAAGAAGCUCAACGUGCUGAUGAAUAAAAACCGGUGCAGCUCGGAGGAGCUGGAGCAGAACAACCGGGUGACAGAGAAUGAAUUCGUGCGCUCGCUGAAGGACUCUGAGAGGGAGACCAUCAAGAUGCAGGACAAGCUGAACCAGCUCAGUGAGGAGAAGGCGACCCUCCUCAAUCAACUGGUGGAAGCAGAACACCAGAUUAUGCUUUGGGAGAAAAAAAUCCAACUGGCAAAAGAGAUGCGUUCUUCAGUGGAUUCCGAGAUCGGCCAGACGGAGAUCCGGGCCAUGAAGGGCGAGAUCCACAGGAUGAAGGUCAGGCUUGGGCAGCUGCUGAAGCAGCAGGAGAAGAUGAUCCGCGCCAUGGAGCUGGCGGUUGCCCGCAGAGAGACCGUCACCACCCAGGCCGAGGGGCAGCGCAAGAUGGACAGGAAGGCGCUCACCCGCACCGAGUUCCACCACAAGCAGCUUGAGCUGCGCCGGAAAAUCAGGGAUGUUCGCAAGGCCACUGAGGAGUGCACCAAAACCAUCCUGGAACUGGAAGAAACCCAAAGAAAUGUGAGCAGCUCCCUCCUAGAGAAGCAGGAAAAGCUGUCGGUGAUACAGGCAGACUUCGACACACUUGAGGCCGACCUCACCCGGCUUGGGGCUCUCAAACGACAGAACCUUUCAGAGAUCGUGGCCCUGCAGACGCGCCUUAAGCACCUGCAGGCCGUGAAGGAGGGGCGCUACGUGUUCCUGUUCCGCUCCAAGCAGUCCCUAGUGCUGGAGCGCCAGCGCCUGGACAAGCGGCUGGGUCUCAUCGCCACCAUCCUGGACCGCGUGCGGGACGAGUACCCCCAGUUCCAGGAGGCCCUGCACAAAAUCAGCCAGACGAUCGCCAACAAGCUCGAGUCACCGGGGCCCUCCUAGGGAGCAGCCUGGACCCCGUCUUGCAAGGCCUCCAGGAAGAGAUCCGGAAUUGUGUUUAUUAUGAGGGACUUGGAAUCUUUUGUGUUCCUAAAAGCCACAGGUACCCUCAGAUGGGCAUCGUUUAAGAGAAAUAUGCCAGCCCCACCCGUAGGAAUCUUUUUAGCCACUCAGCAGUUUAAUAAACCAAGUAAAAUUCUA